AUGCUGGCGGAUGCCCUGAAAGCCGCGCCGAUCGAGAAUGGCUCGUGGGAGUGCGGUGACUUCCCAACCCGAGCCUUAAGUUGUGAUCGAAAAAGGCGAGAAACUAACUACCACUAUGGACCUGAUCGGAACCAAAGAUUUCACUGGGAGUACAGGCUGACCUGCAACGAUGGUCGUCGAAUCGCGAAAUAUAGAUGCGAUAAAGGCGGUAAUAUUUCACAACAAGCCGGAUACCUUAUUUCUAUGUGCGAAUACCCCUGUCACGUGGGCGAUGUUGAUGAGCUCUUUCCACUUGGCGCGGGGCACUGGAAUUGCUAUUCAACGGGUAAUGGAGCAAAAAGAAGAUGUAAAGCCGAUUGCGAUUGGAAUGGCGCUCGAAAAGUCAGCUUCGAUCUAGAAUGCGGUCGAUUUGGUUGGCAAAAGGACCCAGAUAGAAAUCAAGGGAAGAAGCUCGACUACUGCCAAGCAGCUCCCGUCAAUGAUGAGUGA